AUGGCGCGAACCAGAGGGGCCAAGUCUUCCUCUCCUUCAAGCCGCAAGAAAAGCCUGAGAAAGGAGCCAGUUCCAGAUCCCGUUUCUGAGCCUUCGCAGCCAAGAGCAGUUCCUCCUUCGGUGAAGCCCGCGCCGCCAAAGCCUCUGGCAAGGCGUUACCUUACCAGGUCAGGGGGUCGGCCGCUACAAAAGAGACCCAGGGUUGAAAGCUCAGAACCCAUUGACUUGACUGAGCAAUCUCCGGUAUCCUCGCCAGUUUCCUCUCCAGUAUCCUCGCCGAUUCCCUCGCCAAUUCAACCUCCGGUGCCAUCUCCGACGUCGCAAGCAAAACCACAGGAGCCUCAGCCGCCACUUCCCGAGCCCUAA